AUGAGCCUUGAUUCUGCUGCCUUUCCGAGGUCGGACUCCCCCGCAAGCUCCGAGAGCUCCUUGACGCGCUCGCGCCUACAGGGAAAGGAAGGCUCUCUCAAGAAAGAUAAGAACUACCGCCGUUAUGCGUCGAGCGUCGAGCGGGCGUUGUCACUCUUCGACAACGCUCUACAAGAAUGGGCCGAUUACAUCUCCUUCCUCAGUCGCCUACUAAAGGCACUCCAAACACAUCCCCCCGACCAACCGAUCGUUCCCCAUAAAGUGAUUGUCUCGAAACGGCUUGCGCAAUGCUUGAAUCCGUCCUUGCCAUCGGGCGUUCACCAAAAGGCCCUUGAAGUCUACACAUAUAUCUUUGGACUGAUUAAACUCGAAGGACUAUCGCACGAUCUACCAUUAUAUCUCCCCGGUCUCGCACCGACCCUGACCUUCGCCUCGCUCACCGUCCGUCCUUUAUUCCUGUCUUUAGUGGAGGGAUACAUUGUCGACCUAGAACCGCGGGCUAUUCGGCCGGCUCUGAAAGCAAUCCUUCUGGCGUUGCUGCCGGGUCUAGAAGAAGAAACAAGUGACGAUUUCGAACCAACUUUGCGUACAAUAAACAAGCUUCGAGAUGCAGCUGGUCAUCUGGAGACCCAAAGGACAUCCGAGGCUGGCGCUUCGGGGCAGUAUUUCUGGCAAUGCCUCUUCCUCGCCUCCAUAACCAAUUCCAGCCGACGGCUUGGCGCCCUGGCAUACCUGAACCGCUAUCUCCCAAAGUUAGGAAUUGCAGACCGACGACCGAGUGCAAGUGAUGCAAACUCUGUGAGCGAAAUACCGCCAGAGAUGCUCGCUGCUGCUGAUGCAGUCAUUCUACCGGAGCCGGGGUUGCUGAUUCGAUGCUUUGCAUCAGGCCUAUCAGAUGAACAACUCCUGGUGCAACGAAACUUUCUCGACCUGCUCGUUACGCACCUACCUUUAAUCUCUCCCAUCCUCCAAACUAAAGUCCCAGAAGCAGACCUACAAACGUUGAUCAUUGCGGCAGUGGGCGUGGUGACCAGGCGAGACAUGAGCCUGAAUCGUCGAUUGUGGGCGUGGUUUUUGGGACCAGAGCCUGCGAAUGACCGGACUUCCCUCGACAGUCGAAAGUUUUCAUCCGAAACCACUCGAUCUUCUGGAGAUGUGAAGGAGCUCUCGCAAUCUCAGUACUUCAGUCACGUCGGGUUACAGCCUUUGGUAAAUGGUCUUCUCAAGAUGAUCAAGCAGGCCCCAUCAGCCCCAUCGGAGAGGACCAAACCAUUCCGCAUUGCCCUCUCAUUAAUGGAUCGCUGGGAGAUCGGGGGGGCACAUUGUACCUGCUGUGGGUUUGCAAAAGAGGCGCCCCGUGCCCACUUCGAAGAGGUUUUCCGGAGCGCAAGUGCAUUCUUCGAUGGCGUAGAGAGCAGUGUCAUAUUUUCAGAGCUUCUUGGCUUGAUUGACUUCCGCCCAAGUGACAUCGAUAUCCAUCAUGAUCAAGUCUUGCACAAUUUGAAGCUGGCUCAAUUUAUACUGGAGAACUUCAAUGUGCGGGAGGAAGAUAUGAUUCAGGUCCACGCACCUCUCCUGACAUUGUCAGUUCUUGUGAAAAUGAGUGAAGUUUCAUCAUUGCACAAGUCGCAGUCAACUCACGGUGACACCAAAAAGGCCGUCUCAAACGAAUUGAAUAACGUGCUAAAGUCAAUAACUCCACUACUCAUAGAAAGAGCCUUCUCGAGAAAAUCCAGCCAAGACAAAACUGGCACCGACUCGAAAGCUAAGAACUGUGAAAUAUUAAAGCAGAUUCAUCGCUUCUAUGAGGCGAGCAAGAGCAGCCUUGACCUUCCCCCUCUUCCAUUUGCUCCCAAGCAGGUCGGGGAAAUGAUCAUUCGUGAGGCUCUGGACUUGUCCAUCGAAGCCUUACAAAACAACGAUAGCGUUUCCUCUCUUCAUGAAAAACUCAAUGUGCUGGUUACAUUGCUCCAGAAGCUCCCGAGAUCACGCCUUCUCCGAGACAAGAGACUUUUCGAGGCGAUUUCUCGAAGAUUAGCUACAAGAAGUAAUAACCCCACAACAGCUGCUUUCGCGGAUAUCUCUACAAUCGCUUCUGUUUUGACGAACUUGUUCUUUAUUCACGCCCCUGGCUUCUAUGUCAGUUACGAGGAUGCCAGUGAUCUCAUUCCCAGUCUAGUCGAGCAUAUUUGGCAGUAUCUGUCUCCACUAAGCCCGAAGUUCCAUGUGGAAGCCGUGCGCUGUCUGUGGCUGUUGCACUCCAUAUCUUGGGUCGAUCAUCUUGUCGAGGCUUCUAUAACAUCGCUCAUGAUCAGCACCAAGACUCCCGGCUCUUACCACUUAUCAUCAGAAGAUCAGGCCGAGAAAUUUUAUGUCCUCUGGAACCACAGCCAUCAUGGUACACAUGAGCAACAGCCACCUAAGCAAGUCCUCAAUGUCGGAGGAAACCUAUUCUCCUAUCAGUGCUCAAUGCUUGAGCGCCCACUCUUCAUUGUCCUUGAUCUCCUAUCCCAGGGACCAGGGGAUAUUUCUCUAGGUGUUCAGCAAUGGCUUCAGGAUCUGCCCUCCAUCAACAAGAUAUUCCAUGUUAUCGUUUUGAAGCUUGAGGAGCUGUUCGAACGUGAUACUCCCAGUGAAGCUGACCAAGAUAACCAAUCCAUCUCACCGGAUGAUUAUAAGGAAUGCAACUACCUGUUGCGCACGGUGUCGAACAUAAUUUCAACACUUUCUCACAGCGGCUGGAUUGCACUUCUUACGCAAACAUUAUCUGAAAUAGAGAAACGCCCGGAUGUUCCCAAGUCAGAAGGUAGAUCUCUAAUUAGACCCCAACAAGGAGCACCAGGCUUAUUAUGUCUCAAAACAGAUCACGCAAACUCGAAGAGCCUUCACGCCACUUUCUUCGAGGCAUCACUAAAGAUAAUCAGUGACCAAACGCUUAACAACACCCACAUCACCCCCGAUGGGGAAAGGCUUCAAAAGGAUGCCCUUCACCUCAUGCGGCAACUUCUUUUAGGCCCAGGAGCUGAGGAUCUGGUUGAAUCCGGCAUUGAUGACUUGCUGGUGGACCGUCUUAUUACCGCAUCGGAUGGGAUGGGCAGCGUUGCCGUCCAGGGAGCUCUCAUUGACGCCCUUCUCGCAGCACUCAAGGUCCGAUUCGCUCAGGCUUACGCGCCUCCGCCUCCACCUCGACCAAAACACCAACGAGCAAGCUCUCGUGAACGAUUGACCAGUCCCUCCAUGCUGUCUUUUACAAGCGAUAAAGCAGAUAGAGCGCCAUCACUUUCGCACUUCCCACGUCCUCCCGAGAGACUUUUAGACUGUCUUUUGAAAGGAAUUAGCUCGGCGAAGUCGCGAGAAAUUGUGGACAAGUGGAUUGGACUACUAUGUGAAGUGCUUCCUCUCUAUACGGGAUCAAUCUUUCAAAUACUUCUCAUACUUGUGGAGUGCUUCUGCAGGGAGAUCAAGGCUUCAUUCAGUAGACUUCAGCUUGCGUUCCAGCAAACGGAAGAUUGGCCGCAGGAUCGCUCGGAGCAUGUUACCAUUUCUCUACUUGCUGGCCUAGAGACUUGCAUUGCCCAUGCUCACGAGCGUCUUCUCGUUGAAGAGGCGAACGUUCCAGCGGCAAAGAGCCCGGACCAGCCCCAGGGCUUCUUUGGAAAUAUGGUAUCGGGGGUAUUCAACUCUGAUGGCAACCAAGGUCGCUCGAAUGCUGCUAAUGAUCGAUUGACGGUCCUUUUAUGCUUCCAAGACGCGGCUCGCCUUUGUUUCUCCAUCUGGGCGUGGGGCGCUGGGGAACGAACCGGAUCACCCCCCGAUUCCGAAUCCAUGGCCUCCUUCCAAUACACAUCCUUGCGGAUGCGAAAUCGAUCACGACGGAUACUCGAGCAUUUCUUUACAGCAGAGGCUCUAGAGUGUCUUGAGACAUUGGUUGAGAUGUGGACCAAAUCUGACACGGAGACUGCGACAUUGAUCUUCAGCCUUUUACACACCCUUGAAGGCUCUCGUCCGAAGAUCACGAUUCCGGCAGUCUUCAACGCGAUUUACACCCGUACCAAUCCGAAUGCUUUGGACCCGGCCCGCAAGUCAUCCAUGACCUCAAAUCUCACCGAGUCUGAACUUGCCAGCUUUUUGGUUGCCUACGCGCGUUCUUUGGACGACGAUGUUCUGGACGAAAUCUGGGCGGACUGUACCACGUUCCUACGCGAUGUUCUCAGUAACCCUUUCCCUCAUCGCCAGAUUCUUCCCCGGUUGAUCGAAUUUGCCGCGAUCCUAGGGGCGAAAUUGGAGAACACAACUUUUGGUGAAGAUCGCCGGAUGCGCAAAGAGCUCGGUGAUGUACUGCUACGGUUGCUCACGGCUGUCUUCACCAGCAAGCCACUGGGGCUAAACCAAGACAGUGGCUAUAUGGCGAGAUCGUCCCUCGACUAUGAUCGGACCGCGGUAUCUCAUACCGGGCCUGAUGACAUGCUGAGCAUCCUUGCUGUUUCCAUGCCCUCGUUCAUCACUACUUUAGGUGACUCAGACCGUAUCAAUACCGCGAUCAGCGGCAUGUCUACCAAUGUGGUUGGACCACUGAUUCGCUCCCGCCUGUUCCCCAAUAAUCUGAACCGCAAUGUUAUGGUCCUUCUACAGCAGAUGGCCAAGGUCCCUGCAGCAGCGAAGAUUUGGAAGAAAGACAUCGCUGAUGCAUUCAAUGACCCACGUUUCUUCGGAUUGCAAGUCGAUCUGAUCAAGAGCACAUGGAUGGACCUCCUCCGGCAAUGGACUCUUGCCGACAAGGAUCGUUUAGCUGAGCUGCUGGGUCGCCUCCCACCCCCAAGUGCAGCAGGCAUCAUGUUUGGCGUGGGGGCGUCUGCAGCGCGACUGGAGGCUGAUCGGAAGGCACAGCUCAAUCUCCGUCGCAUUGCAUUACUCAUCCUGUCUGCCAACACCGACUAUUUUGUGGGUGAGCUCCCAAGUUUGCUCCAAAAAUUCGAAGAUCUCCUAGCUGCCACUAGCUCCUCAUCACCAUCGUCAGCGACGCGAGCAGAAAUAUUCAUUGUCCUUCGUGCCCUGGCAAUCAAGACCUCGCCCUCGGCCAUGGCGCCCUUCUGGCCCUUGAUUAACGUUGAAUUGCAAGAAGCUAUCUCUGCUGUGCCCCGAGGCUCUCAAUCAGAUCUUUACAACCCUUACUCUCUCCUACAGGCCUGCAAGCUAUUAGACGUGCUCUUGGUCAUUGCUCCCGACGACUUCCAGCUGCUAGAAUGGCUUUUCGUCACCGAUACCAUCGAUGCUGUCUACCCGCCCAAUCGGUGGGAGCCUGUAUCCCUAGCUGACGAGAUAUCACAAAGCUUCGGUCCGCGUGGGGUACUCUCCCCGGCUGUCCCUGGCGAGGUAGCAGAGCCUGUGACCCGCAGCGGUCUGAAGCGGCCCUGGCUGGUUUCGGAUCGAAUUCGGGAAACAGCCAAGGAUGAGAUUGUCGAGAGAAUUCUGCGACCGUUCUUUGACAGGCUUAGCAUUUAUGUCUUUGAGAGCACGUACGGGAUGGAAGCUGUGGAUACGAGAGUUUGUCUAGAUGAUUUAUUGGCGGAUUUGUUCAACGAGAGCACCAUGGCGAAUUAA